GGGAACCGAUCCCGACGACGGGCUGCCGCCAGCGAGCAGCGGCCGCGAGGAGCUACGAGCGAAGCGUGCGAGCCCGCUGGGCCGCCAGCGCGAAUGUGCGCCUUCUGAUGCGCGGCGUGACGAGCACUAGCAGCGAUGGCUUCUGCCGAGGCGACGUCGCCCGCGCCCAACAUGUCGCCGGGCGAGCUGGAGUGCAUGCGGGAGCGGAAGUGGUGGUGCUUCCUGCUCUCCAGCAUCUUCACCUUCCUGGCGGGCCUCUUCAUUAUCCUGAUCUGGCGAGCCCUGGCCUUCCUCUGCUGUCGCAAGGAAAAGGCAGGCGCCUACAGUCCUGGGGCGCCAAAGCAGCCGACCGCCAAGAAAGCACCCCCGGGCGCCGCCGACGCCAAGCGCAAGGCCGGGGAAGGGGCCGCCGAAAUCGGGUUCAUGACGGAGGCCAAGGACUGGGCAGGGGAACUCAUCUCGGGACAGACCACCACAGGCAGGAUACUGGUAGUCCUGGUGUUCCUGUUAAGCAUAGCAUCUCUCAUAAUAUACUUCAUUGACGCUUCGAGCGGUCCUCACGACAUGUCCCAACAUAAUGAAAAACAACAAAGAUACCAGUCUCACAGUGACACGCAAGACGGAGUUGAGAAAUGCCAGUCUUGGUCGACGAACACAACGCAGCAAAUAGAUCUAGCUCUGAAUAUAUUCUUCAUGGUCUAUUUUUUUAUACGUUUCAUUGCGGCCAGUGAUAAGUUGUGGUUCAUGUUGGAGCUAUAUUCAUUUGUUGAUUACUUCACCAUUCCGCCGUCCUUUGUUUCUAUCUACUUAGACCGUACAUGGAUUGGCCUCCGUUUUCUGCGAGCUCUGCGAAUGAUGUCUGUACCAGACAUCUUGCAGUACCUGAACGUCCUCAAGACAAGCAGCUCUAUCCGACUCGCCCAGCUCGUCUCCAUCGUCAUCAGCGUCUGGCUGACUGCCGCGGGAAUUAUCCAUUUGUUGGAGAAUUCUGGCGACCCUCUGGACUUCGCCAAUGCUCGCAAGUUGACGUACUGGGAGUGUGUAUACUACCUUAUCGUAACUAUGUCCACUGUGGGUUAUGGUGACGUAUACUGUCAGACAACACUGGGACAAGUCUUCAUAGUACUCUUCAUACUGGUUGGCUUGGCCGUGUUUGCCAGUUGCAUUCCUGAGAUUCUAGAGUUGAUAGGGACUAGGCCCAAAUAUGGCGGCGAGUACAGGCGGGAGCAUGGGAAAAGGCACAUUGUCGUGUGCGGACACAUCACCUAUGAAUCUGUGUCCCACUUCUUGAAAGAUUUCCUCCAUGAGGACCGAGAAGAUGUAGAUGUAGAGGUAGUUUUUUUACACAGAAAACCUCCAGACCUUGAACUGGAAGGUCUGAUAAAAAGGCAUUUUACAACAGUGGAGUUCUUUCAAGGCAGCGUCAUGAAUCCAAUUGACUUGCAACGAGUCAAGGUCCAUGAGGCAGAUGCAUGUUUGGUGCUGGCAAACAAGUACUGUCAGGACCCGGAUGCAGAGGACGCUGCCAACAUCAUGAGAGUCAUCUCCAUUAAAAACUAUUCUGAUGACAUCAGAGUCAUCAUUCAGCUGAUGCAGUAUCACAACAAGGCUUACUUGCUGAAUAUCCCCAGUUGGAACUGGAAACGGGGAGAUGACGUGAUAUGCGUGUCGGAGCUGAAACUCGGCUUCAUUGCACAAAGCUGCCUGGCCCCUGGUUUUUCAACCAUGAUGGCCAACCUAUUUGCUAUGAGAUCCUACAAAACGUCUCCUGACAUGCCCGCAUGGCAAAACGAUUAUCUGUGCGGCACAGGAAUGGAGAUGUACACCGAGAGCUUAUCCGCCUCUUUUACAGGCAUGACCUUUCCUCAGGCAGCAGAGCUUUGCUUUGUGAAAUUAAAACUGCUACUUUUAGCCAUCGAGGUCGCUGUUGAUGAAGGCUCAGAUUCCAAGAUUGCCAUCAAUCCCAAGAAGAAAAUAAAGAUUACUCUUAACACUCAGGGGUUUUUUAUUGCUCAGUCUGCAGACGAAGUGAAAAGGGCGUGGUUUUACUGUAAAAACUGCCACGAAGACAUCAAGGAUGAAAAGCUCAUCAAGAAGUGCAAGUGCAAGAAUCGUAAGUUUGGUCUGUUUAAAAAGGGUGUCAGGGCAGUACAGGCAGUUAGUCGAGCAAAUGAAGGUCUGCAUAACUCCAAUGUUCCCACUUUCACACCACCCGAAAUACCCAAGAGAGUCAAGUUACGAGUUGAAGAAGAAAGCUUUACCUACACGGCCACUCAGCCUCCAGCGGGCAACAACAACGACCAGAACCGCGUGAGCUCUGCACCGAAGCCAAAGCCAAGUACAAAAAAACACGACCAGAGCAAUUCGCUGACAUCGCCCAACGAGCGCGGAGGACGCUCUGCUCCCCCAUCCUACGCCAGUCCUGUCUCUGACACUUCCCACGUCACGCGGACGGCUGCGCCCGACAUGUUUGCUGGCUUACACCUUGCCUAUGAGGUCAAAAAGCUCAUGCCCACGAGCCGGGGAACCAAUGGCACCGGGAACUCGCAGAACGAGAAGCCCUUCCCAGUGGGCCUGUCUGACGAUCAGGCGAAAGAUUUCGAGAAGACCGAAAUGAAGUACGACUCCACUGGAAUGUUCCACUGGUGCUCGGCACGCCCCAUCGAGGACUGCAUACUGGAUCGAAACCAGGCGGCAAUGACUGUGCUCAACGGCCAUGUGGUUGUGUGUUUGUUUGCUGAUCCCGAUUCUCCACUAAUAGGGUUGCGUAACUUAGUAAUGCCACUUCGUGCCAGCAACUUUCACUACCACGAACUCAAGCAUGUUGUCAUUGUCGGCAAUGUGGACUACCUGAGGAGGGAGUGGAAGAUGCUUCAGAACCUGCCGAAAAUAUCUGUCCUUAACGGCUCCCCCUUGAGUCGAGCGGACUUGCGAGCGGUAAACAUCAACCUUUGCGACAUGUGUGUGAUAUUAUCUGCAAAGAUCCCCAGCAGCGAUGAUCCCACGCUGGCUGACAAAGAGGCUAUACUAGCCUCGCUCAACAUCAAGGCUAUGACCUUUGAUGAUACCAUAGGUGUCCUUACUCACAAUCCCAAUGGUGCUGAGGGAUUCUCCCCACUGGGUAGUCCCAUUGUGAUGCAACGACGAGGCUCUGUGUAUGGUGCCAAUGUGCCUCUAAUCACUGAGCUCGUGAAUGACACAAAUGUACAGUUUCUGGACCAGGACGACGAUGAUGAUCCAGACACAGAGCUCUACCUAACGCAACCCUUUGCCUGCGGUACCGCUUUUGCUGUUAGCGUGCUCGACUCAUUAAUGAGCACUACGUACUUCAACGCGAACGCGCUGACCUUGAUACGGUCACUGAUUACGGGUGGCGCAACCCCUGAGCUGGAGUUGAUCCUGGCCGAGGGGGCGGGCCUUCGUGGAGGCUACAGCACACCAGAGUCCUUAGCCAACAGGGACCGGUGCAGAGUUGGGCAGAUCUCCCUCUACGAUGGACCCCUGGCUCAGUUUGGGGAGGGCGGCAAAUACGGCGACCUCUUCGUAGCGGCUCUGAGGAGCUACGGAAUGCUCUGCGUGGGCCUGUACAGGUUUCGGGACACGAGCUCCUCUGGCGAGGCGUCCUCGAAACGGUAUGUCAUCACCAACCCCCCUGCAGACUUCACCCUGCUGCCGACGGACAUGGUGUUCGUCCUGCUGCAGUUUGACCCCGGGCUAGAGUACAAGCCCAACCGGGCCGAGGAGCCAAAGGACGACAACUCUUGACUCCUGCUGUGUAGCGCUUUGACUGACGGGCCUUACUCCUUCAUCUAAAACAGACAACACUCUACUACCCUGCUGCUUGCCUCCCACGGUGUGGACGGAGAUGGGACAAAGAGACACCGUACACCCAAACUGCACACUACAGCGAACGCCGCGCACAUAUCCUAGAGGAGCACUCGUUGCAGAGGCUUCUGAAGUGGGGGCUUUUCUUGGCUUUCUCAUUGAUGCCCCGAAUGACGCACAGAAGUGGCCUUGUAGCUUAGUUAGGCAUUACACUGUGGGGGAGGCUUCUCUCUGUUCCUUUUCUUUCGAGCUGUCGACUUUGGAACAACGAAAAUCUUAAGCAGCCCUGUGGAGGAACCUGCCGCGUGCGAGCUCUGGGCAGCCGCGAGUGGGCCUUCGGCCUCUUGAUCGAACUGCGUAAGGGCCUCCCAGGGCAAAGAAAGGCCGCCCCGAACUCUGCAGGUGUUCCCCGAGAGUACCAGAAACAAAGAAUCUUAUACGACAACAUGCAAAGCUGACAGAAACCUGUCAGGCCCGCUGCUUCCUUGUCACUCGUCGCCGGCGGCACAAGGGGGCAGGUAUCUUCAAAGUAUCUUCUAGGAACCUAGGGGCAUCUCACGCAAUUCGCCACUUAAUGAAGCGGACACACUACGCAGCACGUGGUGUCGGCAGUGCCCAUCGUUCGCGAUGCCAGGCAAUGCACACACAUUCACACACACACACACACAUACACACGCAUGCACACAGGAGGAAAACUCAAGGGUCGUCUGUUGAGGUCGCUACACGGUUAACGAAUGCAUUGGAAAUGCCUGAAAACGUGCAAAGUGCAACGCUGCUUUCGCAGCACACAUGAAACAAGACUUGGGACGAACGUCUCGUUUCAACACUCGCUCUGCAUGUCUACUUCUCUGUCCUGCUCUGUUCCCGACUCUCUGCAAUACAACAAGUGUUUGUUUUGUGUUAAAAGCUUGUACAUUUGACAUACGUCCUGACGCGACCGCGGCGUCACGCUCUUUGUACGAAAGGGUUCAUAUUUUAUGUACGAGUCAAAGAUUGUUGAAAUCUGUUUAGUUGCAUUGUUUCCAAGCGGAAGCACGUGCUGUACAGUAGUGUUGUAAAGUGAGCAAGUUAAUGCUGAACACUAUGAUGGAAGCUUAACAAUGUGUAACAUAACUUUUUGUGUAUAGAAGUGUACAUAAGCACGGCAGCGGGCCUUGACCCGGGUGUGCAUUCGGCCCGAAGCGAGAGGCGUCACUCGGUGACUGUGGUCUGUUUUUUCUCCAUGGAGCCUUACAUUUUUCAACCUUCGGUUUCACGUUCGCAUCAAUGUUAGCUCAAGGUCACACCGACGAGAUCACGUGCUAUACUGUGUAGUUACUACGACGCAGUGCUCCACUCAGCAAGCCCCCCUCCCGCGGACGGGCGGCGUGCACGGCCAACGACCAACUGAAUGUACAACAAAGCGUAGAUACUCGAGUGGCUCUUGCCAGCACCGCUCCGGAGGCCGCCGGCCGUGGAGUUUGAACGGUCAAUGCGUGGUUUUCGCUGGCCAUCUCAGCGACCGUCCCCCGUUGCAAUCGGGACAUUCGAUUUGGGCUCCCCCUUUCCGCCUCGAAAUAAAAUCCCCAACACGAAAAAAAAAACUUAAAAAAAGGCUGCUGACGUUUCACUCUACUUUUUUUUUUCCUCGUUGUUGCUGCGAGGGAGGGUACGUGAGGGGCAAGUCAUUUCCUAUCAGUAGCUGCGUAGGGCACUGCGCAGCGCAGCGCUGAAAAAGACAGAACAUGUCUCUGCGGUAUAAACACAGACACUAGACAAUCCAUGCAUGUUGUGAUUUUUCAUUGAACGAAACUAUGUUGCAAACUCUUUUUUAUUCUCAUUACACACGAGGGGGCUCAUUUAUCCCGUCGCGUGGAUGCCCCAGCGGAAAGUCGUUCGGAACUUUGUGAAGCGAGGAGUUGUGGCGCCAGGAAUCGCGCAGACUUCUCGUUGACAGUGUGUCAAAACUUGAGCAGCAAGGGUCGCUUUCUCUAUAUAUUUAAUUUGUGUGCUUUGUGUCGUUUUCUGCGCCGUGUUUGUGGCGCCUUCAUUUUCCACUACUUGGGCUAACCGAUUUCACCUGUGUGUGCAUGCUCACUCUUGGCUAACUUUGUGGAGAUUUUGCUUGCUAAAACUGAGCCAGCGGUAUUUUGUUGCCAUUACCUUUGUUACUUUAUCAUGCGUGUGCACUGGACGUUGGUGGCCUAUCUGCUGCUGCUUCUGCUGUUGCUGCUGCUGCUGCAUGUAAGCUUAAAGGAAUUGUCGGUUGACUACAACUGCCCACAGACGGCAUUUCGUUGUUUUUUAAAUGGAACCUGGUGACGCAUUGCCUGUCGUGCACACGUGUUCGCUUUCACAGCAUUGUUGCUUCGUCGUUAUCUGCUGUGACGCAGUGAGCUUGAUGCGAUAAGUAUACGUCAGCGUCUUGAAUAGUUAAAGCGUAGUGAAUCGCAGGCGUUGUGGCCACUUGAAUAGUGAAGAGACGGCGGCGACCCCGAAGCCUCGUUUAUUUGUCAUUCCUUUUUUCCUUAAGCCUCCGCGCACACGCGUUAUCUCUUCCCGAGAGUAUGUCACCGCGUGCAACAGCCCCGCUGCACAGAGACGCUCCAUCACUCGGCGAGGCAUCGUGAUCGAGGGGUCGUCAUGCAAGUGAAUCAACGAAUAUUCAAAUUCGCGACAUCACCCCGCAAAUUCGAGGGCCAAUACUGACUGCGCAAAAUGAUUUUGUCAGUGAGGAAGCGCGAAGUUUUGACAGUAUACCGGAAUGCACUCAACGAACGCGCGGCCCAUGAAGUGUAACUGUAUACCUGAGUGUCACUGCAAUUCACGAAUUACGGAGUUCUCCAGCGGCAGUGACGCUGUAGAAAAAAAAAAUCGCACCAUAUUCUAUUUUUUUUUUCUGUCCUGGGAAGCAUUGUAACGUAGACAAGUCGCAUCCGCAGACACUGAACACUCCGAGUUGUCGCGGAUAAAGGCCGAAAAAGGCGUCCCGAUGCUAACGGUCACCAACAGUCGUAUCAGUUCAAGAUUGGCGGUCUUAUGCUUAUAGCUUAUUUAUGGUGAACUACUCUUCACGCUGUGUAGCAGCAUAACGCCUUCAAACACGACUGUGGUGGCCGAUAACUGAAAUUUAGUUUCGUCUACGAAGCCUUGUCGACAUCGAUAUCUUGAGCCAAGAAAAACAAACGAAAGACACACGUUGGUUCUUUUCAUUGUAUUUAAUCAACGGUCGGCGACUUAUGCGCACCACACGCUGUUCUCACGAUUAGCUACGCGGCGCCUUGAAGCGCAGUGCGAUGACGUAGGCACCAUUUACCUCCAUCGAGCUUACCUCUCAUAGCAGUGCCCGAUUGUGGUUAGGGCGCAGAACGACCGUCAAUUGUCCGUUAUCUGGCGCUGCUAUUGUUGCGAUCACGAACAAGGCGUUAUAGUCUAUGAGGUCAUUAUUACCGCCGUGCCGUGUGUGCGUGCGCACAUGCAUGUAUAUCGAGGGCCAUCAUUGCGUGGCUAAAUAUAAUGGGCAUCGACUAUUGCAGUUAAGUGCAUUGCAGCGACAGAGACCACCAAUUGUGCGUGCCUGCUGACUGACAGCUACAGGCACCGAGCGCAGACUACUAGGAGCAUCCUGUCUUCAGUUGCGUGUGUUUCAAUCUCCCUUCGGGCGCUCUCCGCACAGACGUUUAUUAGGCGGCGGGGAAGUAACGAUCACUGAAUACAAUAUGCUCGGGACAGUACUUAAUUCUGUUCAUUUCGUUUUAGGCCAGAGGGUUCUCACUUUACUGAUGUUUGUUUCUCAGCCCGAGGAUUACCAGUGCCCGCUUAAAUUUGUUUCCCCACUAAACUGCAAGGCCCAAAAAUGUUAGCUCGAUUACUCAUCUUGUAAAUGUUUCUCCCACGAGCAUAAUAAACAUCUGCAUUUAAAUGUUUGUGAGUCACAAUCUUUUUUUUUCUUCGUGUUGUUGUUGCCGUUGUUUGUUGGUUGGUUGUUUGCCUGUUGUGUGCCGCUGUAGCAUGCUGCCUCGCCUUUGUUUUCUAGAGUCGUGGUGUGUAUGUCAGUGUGAAUGUUCCCCGUUUCUCUUGCUCUUUUUCUCACACCUUGCCGGCGGGUCUACGUAGUGUUUAACGUUGAACCCCGUUCUACUCGGGGCCCGCUUGGCUUAGCUCUCGUUCGCUACUUCAGACCUGCAGCUCUCAGAAGUGUACAUAAGCAUACCACACCAAGUAUGGUGGCCUGAAAACUACUUUGUGACUGUGACGCACUUUGACCACGAAAACAAAAGAGAGAGAGCGCCAAAUCAGUUGUGAAAUCUCUCUCUUUUCCUCUUCUCUCUUUUUUUUAUUAUUAUCGUAAGUAGCAGACAUGCGUCCCCUUUGAGAUGCGAAGCACGUAAGCUGUCUUCACCUGACUGGGCACCAACCGCAUUUUUCACGCGUUUAAUACCUAUCAUUGCACUGGGACCCUUCACUUUUGUUCACGAGGUGGAAAAGAGAGAUUUGACAACGAACCGAACCCCGGUUCCGCUUCUGUUUAGCACCACCAAUUAAGAUCCCUUCACAGAAGCGGAAACAGGGCAUUUCCGCCAAACUUAGCGGCCCAAUUCGAACCAACUGGCGCUUUGUGCGCGUCUGAGAGUGCGUCACAGAACCAAGCGUAUGCAUAUAGUAUAGACCACUGUGCGAUGCUGCAUUGACGGUGCAUGUGAUAAUGAGUGCAUAAACAUGAAAGGAAGCAUUUUCCCAUGUUUGUGUGCUAGAUGGUGUGUUGUGCAUUUGUUUGAGUUUGUCCUUUCACUGCGUUAAAGCCUACACCACCACCACCACCACCACCACAGGCUCGACUUGGAUUCCCAACACCAGCAAUUGGGAACUUAGGUCAGCCUUUGCACACGAGGACACCGGCCCAGUCAGGUGGAGAACACAUUGUGCACGCAAUGGCCUCAAGUUUUUUCAGCCACAUGUCUGCCACUUACCACACUUCUCUCUCGAUGUCCUCGCCUCUACAGUUUUGUUUCGUUUCUUCUUCUUGUAAAGAACUUACGCGAUAGCAACGUCUCUCCUGUAAUUAUUCUUUCACACUAUCACUCUGCAUCUUUCCUUUCAUGUGCUGUCUGCGUCUCUCUCUCUUGCAUUCGAUGUACCUCUAUAGUACACUUGCAGCCUCAUGCCGUUUUGUUGCUCCUUCACUGUACUUGUCUUAAGUUGUACUCGCAAUAAAUGUUGGUUUACCGUCGUCA